CUGGUACAGGACAGGGAAGCUGAGGAAGAGGAGGCAGACUAUGUCGGGGCCACUGUAAAGAUUAUCACUAACGUUAUCAACACCGUGAGGAACGCCAGACAAAACGUCCGUGCAUUUCAGAAAGUCAGAGCCAACCCACACUUGGCCAAUGCCACCAAGUGUCUUCUGACCACUGGCAGAGUCUCCUCCCGGACCACCGCACAGGCGCAAAAGGCCUUUGCAGGGACAACGUUGGCAAUGACCAAAAGUGCUCGCAUGCUGGGAGGUACGAUGGCCGCCUUCUCCCUUGGUUUUGACUUGGCCGCUUUCUCAAAAGAAUGGAAGCACCUGAAGGAAGGAGCCAGGACAAAGUUUGCAGAAGAGUUGAGAGCCAAGGCCUCGGAGCUGGAGAGGAACCUCACAGAACUCACCCAGCGCUACCAGAGCUUGCAGCAGAAAGUGACCUAGAAGCUCCCUUCCUGGCUUCCAGUCUUCUUAUCAUCACUUCAAGUUGUCCGGCCUUUCCAGACUGAACCAAUGUACUUCUUCCAUAUAUUGAUUGAUGCCUUAUGUCUCCCUAAAAUGUAUAAAACCAAACUAUGCCCCGACCACCUUGGCCACAUGUCGUCAGGACUUCCUGAGGCAGUGUCACAGGUGUGUCCCCAACCUUGGCAAAAUAAACUUUCUAAAUUAAAAA